UUUCAAUUAUUUCUGCUUAUUUUUUUUUUCUAAUAGUUUUUUAGACAUGACUAAGCGUCCACAUCCUUCACUUGACCCACCAAAACAAAAUUCAUUUACCUCCAAAAGACAACAAUUUAUUGAUUCAAUUGAAAUGUUAGAUUUUCAAAAUGUCAUAAUUAUUAAUCAACAAAUUGAUGGAGAAGACAUUCCAAAAUAUGCCCAGUCAAUACUCGAACAACAACAAAAAAUAAUUGAACAACUUUCUAACCUUCUCAAAAUUGGGGCUGAAUUAUUAAAGGAACAAAAUGGAGACAAUUUAAAUAGUAAUAAAGAGAAUUUACUUGAUGAGUCAUUUGUUGAGGUUGAAAAAUCGUUUGAAGAAAGUGAAAGGAAAAAACAGAAACAAGUCCAAAACAAAGAAAAUAUUUCCUCCCAACAAAAUCUUAAUUCUCAACAAAUUUCAUCCAAAAAGGUUCAACAUGAAGGUUCAACUAAUGAUUGUGACUUUGAUAAUAGCUUUGAUGAGUGUAUUAGCUUUUCAAAUCCGGAUUCUUUGACUGCAGAUUCCUCCAGAUUAAAUACAUCUCCAGUGCAGACAAAGGAACCUGCGAAAGACUCAACAACAAUUUCUACAACCCCAAAUAUCCUUCAAAACGAUUCAACAACAAAUACUCAAUUAGUUAAUCCUUCAACUCCUCUUCCACCAAUUCAAAAACAAAAUAUUUAUUUGGAUGAUUUAUUUAUGCAAGAUUUGUCCAAAUAUUUAAUUAAAUGGAGAAAAGGACGCCUUUUUAAUUUUGCUGAAUUGGACUUUUACAAUCGCGAUUUUGGGCAAUAUUUUGAGAUAAAUUGUUUGGUAUUUUCAAUAACUUCCCCUUCUAAAGAAGACAUUAAAAAUGGAUGUCCUGUUUAUUUGUAUGUUUGUGAUGGGACAAAAUUGGCAUCGCCUACAAAACCUUUUUUGAUGACAGAACCAAGUUAUCACGUUUUGGAUGAUUUAUUUGAUGGAAAUCUUAAUUAUGAAAAUAUGAGGGAAUAUGUUCAAGUAUUUAGUUGUUUUGAUGAAUUUGCCGAACAGGCCAAAGCUUUAAAAGCUGGAGAUAUAAUUCAAGCACGCAAUGUCCACGUUAAAAUAUAUCAGGCUAAUUCAGCACAGCAUAUAUUUAAUCUGCGAGGAUUGCUUAAUCCAUCAUCAAAUCCAUUUAAAAGGGGUUUACAACUUUUGGGAAGAAAAGGAAAAAGUUUGUUUAAAGAGAAGAGGACAAUUGCAAUGAUUUAA